GCACCGCUCGCAUCGCAUUGCCGCGCCUUCCCUUCAUUCCCACCCGCCUACUUCACGCGCACCAACCACCCCCUCCGCUGCUUCAGUUCGUCCGCUCCAUCCAUCCCGUUUCUAUUCCGAGUGGACGCCAGGCGCAUAGGUAUAUUUGGCUGUAGAGAGCCUGAUUUAGAAGAUAGGAGGAGCACAUCUUUGAGAGGGAGGAGCAUGCCGACGGGAACCAUGAGGAGGAUGUUCGUCGAGUCGUCCUCGUCCUCCUCCGGGAGCGGCAGGGAGGCGGAGCCGGCGGUGGUGCUGUGCGCGCCCCGGCCCCGCAGGGUCCACGCCCAGCCCUGCAGCGCCGACCUCAUCCUCGGCCCCCCGCCCUUCCUGCUCAACGCCUCCUCCGGCAGCAUAAAGCAGAGACAAGGGAAGAGCAAAACGCGGGAGGAGGAGGGGGAGGGGGGCUGGGCGCUGUUCGGCGGCUCGCCGCCGGCGCGCGCGGACAACCCGCUCGUCCACGACCCCCACUUCCUGCUCAACCAGCGCCACCACGCCGCCGCGGAAUUCAACCUCGCGGCGGUUUUUGACCACCACCUCCACCACCACAGCCGCAACCACCACCACGCCCCAACCACAUAUAGCAAUAGCGGCAAUAGCCACAGUUUUGCCCCGUCGUACACGCACGCCGCGCCGGCGGUGAGGAUCCAGGGGUUCGACGUCGCCGCCUGCCGGGGCUCCCACGCCAGCAACGGCGGAGGCCGCGUGCUCUCCGCCCGCGCAUGAGCCUGAGCCCUGCGGAAUUGCAUCAUGUUGGUUAUGCAGCUGUACCAUGUAAUGGAAUUGCAUCAAGUUGAUUCAAUAAUUUCUCCUGAGUUUUGCACCCUUGUUUCA